AUGGACAGAACCGCAAAGCGGGAUUGGCUCCAGAAGACCUUCGGCCAGGCGCCCGGAGAGGGCCGAAAAAGAAAAGCUGCAUUACUGGCCGAGUCCCCGUCCUCGCGGUCGUCCUCGAGCCGUCCAACGGGUUCCUCUCGGGCACGCUCCGCCAAGACCUUCAGAUUCAGGAAGAAGGCAGCUAACUCUGGGAAAACUGAAAGGGCCUCCCUCGGAACAGUGCCAGAGUCGAGGAAGCUGAAGCAGAAGGCCUGGUGGAAGGCGAAGCAAUCAGAGGAUAUGCUGUCAUGGACUGAUGCCGAGCACGAUUUGCAGCAUCCAUCGAUUGAACCAGAUUGCGUUCGCUGCCGUUACAAGCUCAUGUCAAAGUCGUGGACAUCUCCCGGUGGGCACCUCGGUGGCAAGUGGGCUGUGGGCUGCCACAUAUGUGCCUCCUUCCUGCAUCAAUAUGGCAGCCAGAAGACCGCGUGUCGUUCGCGGCGUCAGUCGACCCGUUGGGGGCGGUAUGAAGUGAACACACUCUCAUGCCUACAAGCCUCCAAUUUGCACAACCACGCCCAGUCCAACAUGCACAAGCUGGCUGUCCGAUCGUACAUGGCGCCUACAGCUCCCCUGGUGACACUCCUUCCGUCCGAGGAAGACGACCAGCUCUUGUCGGGUGCAGUGCCUCAGCCGGAAGAUUGGCUGCUCGCAUGGGUGCAAACUCAAUCGUCCUUCCGGCAGGCCGCUGAAGCUGUGACUGCAAGCCGAUGGUUGGCAAGCGCUCGCAGACCUGAGGUCAAGGCAAACGCCAUGCAGAACAUGCACCAGACUAUGGCCGAAGCCAUCCGAGGUCGCCAUCGUCUUCGCCUCGGAGCAUCCUCGUCCAUAUCCCUCAUGUUGGACGACAAGAAGCACUGGCGUUUGAUUCGGUUCAAGUGCAGUUGCCGGGAAGAUGAUGGUCAGGUGUCCAUGCAUCGUGGCGUUCUCUGGGUAGAGAACAUGGCUUCCGUGGAGCUGGACAUCGAGCGACUGCAGGACGACUAUGGGGAGCGAGUCUGCAGGAGUGUAAAGCGCUGCCUGGAAAAGUUCUGCGGCGAGGACACAGGCCUGCUGCGGCACAUCAUUGAUCACAUCCAUUCGAUCUUUGCCGACGGUGCCCUGCAGAAGUCAUUGACCAUGUUGAGGGCGGGUCUUCCUCGCCUGCGCCUCGUCGGCAAAGACUCCGCACACACCAUACGAAUUGCGACUGGAGACCCUGUGAAGCGUGAUGCUUUGCUGGGAGACCGAUGGGACAAAUUGAUGGCUGCCGGCGGCCUGGUUCAUACAGUACUUUCUUCUGCCAAGCUGCAACACGCGCUCAUGGCCUGCCAAAAGCAUCUGAGAACCCCGAAUGGUAUGCAAACAGUUCUGAGGCAGAUUGGGCAUUCAGAUGUGCGGUACGAGAGUGCUGCAGCGGCGCACAGGCAAUACACGAACCUGCAAGGUGCCAUCGCGCUGCUCUUGGCUCUACGCUCGCAAGACCCUCGGCUGAAGAAAGAGGACCGCGCCCAGGCGGCAGCAUGGCUAGAGGCCAUGGGGCCGGCUUGUGCCGUACAAGCCGGUCUUCUUGGAGACUGGGCCGCUGAAGCGCUGAAGCUGGUACGGCAAAACGACGUGUCUGAUGCAGACCCUGCUUUAUUGAGACAGCAUCUCGAUGAUUACUUGAAUCGACUCUACCUUCUUUUUGAGCAAGGCCGGAUACUGCUUGAUCCCAACAACUUGGAAACCUGCGUGGCGAGAUCGAUCCGGAACGCCCGAGAGGCUCCACCGAUUUAUUAUGGCUUCAAGAUCAAAUACCUCUGGGAGGAAGAGAUUGGAUCGCGAGAGGCAGUUCUAGCCUUGCACCAAAUGAAAGAAGCGGCAAGGGCCUGCAAGGCCAGAUUGGGAGCCGAAUUCGAUGACUCGCUGCUGUCCGACUUUGCAGCCUUCGACCUCCAGGAAUGGCGUAGAUGCUUGCGCCGCCAGACGGAGAACCAAAGGAUGGGACUGCAGAACCUUGUGCGCCGUUACAAGAGGCUGUGCAAGGCCUUCCAGCUGCCGGUACACCAGGCCGAGCAACAGUGCGCCAACGAAAUCGUGACGGCAGCAGCGCAUGUGAUUCAGGUGAACGCAAGACUUUUCGAGGACGAGGUCGCGGUCGACAACAGACAGUUGUGGGCUACGUUCAGUAGCACCACCGGCGUCGGGGUUGGCUUCGAGUACUUGCACAAGGUGCUGGAAUGGUAUUUGUCCAUUGAGCACGUGACAAGUUCUGUAGAGCGUGGCCUGGGGGAUGUGAAACGUGUGGCAGAGGCACACUGCGGCAUCUCCGAACUUCCGCUGUCUGACCUCAGCCUCCUGCUCAUCGACGGCCCUCGAACGAAGGAGGACGUAGUCAGCAUGGAGGAGGGGGUUGCAAAGCUUACUGACUUGAGCCGGCAGUGGGCCGCCUUGUGGGUGACAAAACACGGUCGCAGAUUUUGCUCUUAUACUCGCAGAAUGGGGCCAGAACCCAGAUGGGCAAAGAGCACGAAAGAAACAGAUGCUUCCAUCAAGAGAUCCCAGGAUGCUGCGAGGGAUGAACUUUGCAGCCUUCGGAACCGCGAAGCUACGCAAUCGAGGCCGCUUUUGUCAUUGACUCGCGUGGACGACCCCGUCCAAGUUAGCAAGCAGACGCAAGACUUCCGCAAGACCACCGAGAGGCGACGCGAGGAAAGCCGGAAGAACAGGGAUGAUUGUGUGCUGAACAAUGCAGUCGUGCUGCCUGACGUCCUCGACGCCAGCUUGCUGCAGUCGCAAACGACCCUGUGCCACAAGAAGUUCGACAACUUCAGCGUUGACACUCGUUCUUAA